UUAGUCUGUCAGACAGAAAGGCGCACUGUUCUCACGCUGUACACCGCCCAAAGACACGUAAACAAAUCAGACUUGUUGUCUAUAAGUGCUAGAUUGUCGCUAAGUAAACACGGUGGAGGAAAAGAGUUGAACACACGGUGUUUUUAAUCCCAGGGAUGCGGGAUUUGUGCCUGACAGGCUAAAAUCAGGGUGUACUGAACACGGGAAGCCAUUGGCUUGACGCUGCAGUGGCGCGGUUUGUGAAGCUAACGGACGUUAACGGACGUGUUUACUAUGUAGCGCCGCUUAACGGGACACCGAUCGGACACAUACGUGACAGCGAGGACAUUAACGGACAAGGACAAAGACGUGUAGAUUAAAAAACAAACUGUUUGUUUGUUUUGUUCACGUAUGACUUGUCAGUUAAGCGCUAAGCUGAGCUAUUAGCCGUUAGCCGCGGCCAAGAUGAACUCUGCACGGGAGAUCAAACAGCUGCAGAAAGCGAAGAGCAAAGCGCAGAAGAACAACAACCUACGAGAGGAAGCGACCAUCUGCAAUCAGCUGGGAGAGCUGCUGUCCAGGAGCGGUGAUUAUGAGGCUGCCAUCGGGGAGCACACGCAGGAGUUGUCUCUCUCUGAGGUGCUGAACGAUGUGAUCGGACGAGCUGUGGCGCAUCGUAAGAUCGGAGAGUGCUACGCAGAGAUGGGCAACAUCAAAGCUGCUUUAGAACACCAGCGGCUUCACCUGGACCUGGCUCGCUCUGUCAGAGAUCACGCUGAGGAGCAAAGGGCUCUGGCGACUAUUGGUCGAACCUACCUCUUCCGUUAUGAAUCGGACCAAUCGAGAAACAGUUUAGGGCAAGCGGAGGAUGCGUUUUUGAAGAGCCUUGGAAUUGUGGAGGACCGUCUAAAAGGAACCGUGUCAGUGCAGGAGGUUAGUGAGAUGAAGGCACGUCUCUUUCUCAAUCUUGGUCUGGUCUGUGAUCAUCUGGGGGAGACUAAACGUUGCAACGACUUUAUCCGACGGAGUAUCUACAUUGCGGAGAAGAGUCAGCUGCUGGAGGAUCUCUACCGUGCAAACUUUAACCUGGGCAACAUCUCCUUCCGUAACGGUCAGAAGUCCGAUGCUGUGCGCUCCCUCGAACAGGCCAAAGAGUGUGCGAGGAAGAUCAAAGAUAAAUUCAGCGAGAGCGAGUGCUUUCACUGCAUUGGCAAGGUGCAGUUGUCUCUGGGCGAUUUUGUAGCAGCUAGACGAUCUCUGAAGAAAGCUCUUUUGUUGGGAUCCCAGCAGCCACUGGACAAGCAGGCGGUGAAGAAAGCUUUCAAAUAUGCUGACCAGGGCUCGAAGCUAGAGGAAGAGUUGGGGGAAGAUCAGGGCAAAAGACUUAGCUCCCAUGAGGCCGUGGGGCUGGCUGAGCAGCUGGGGGACCUGUACUGUAAGGUUGGCUGCUUCAGCAAAGCUCUGGACGCAUACCAAGCUCAGUUAAAAGGCGCUGAGGCGUUGGGAAAGCCUGACAGGGAGCUGGCUGUCAUCCAUGUGUCCCUCGCUGCAACCUACACAGACCUGAGACAGCACAGCAAGGCAGUGAAGCACUACAGACAGGAGCUGGCUUUACGACAGGGCAGCUCUACUGAGGAGUGUAGCACUUGGCUAAACAUCGCAGCAGCUCAGGAAGAGAGUGGCUGUCCUUUCGAGGAUGUAGACAGCAGCUACUCUAAAGCUUUAAACCUGGCUGACAAGUCUGGCCAGGCCAGGCUGCAGAAACGUGCGUUGAGACUCUGGCUGGCGUCCCAGAGACGAUGUGGCUCAUCGAAGGCCGAUGACACCGAGGCGAGGCUGCAGGAGGUGUGUGCUGCUGAGGGCUGGCGUCCAGAUGGGAGCGACGGUGAGGAGGAUGAAGAGGAGGAGAUGGACAACAGCGAACCUCUGGAUGACAGCGACAUCGAUCUCUCAAACUCUGACGAUGAUUUGGAGGGUUAUGACAAGAUGGUGUCAGGAAGGAGGAAAACAGGACGGUGGAACAAGAGGAAUGAGAAGGGUGAGACGUCUCUGCACAGAGCGUGUAUAGAUGGAAACCUUAAGCAGGUCCAUUAUCUGGUCGAACAGGGUCACCCAGUGAACCCAAGAGACUAUUGUGGCUGGACUCCCCUUCAUGAGGCCUGCAACCAUGGUCACUAUGAUGUUGUAGCCGUGCUGCUGGAGCGCGGCGCUAACAUCAACGAUCCCGGCGGUCCCUUAUGUGAAGGAGUGACUCCACUCCACGAUGCCCUCGCAUGUGGUAAUUUAAAAGUUGCAAGGCUCCUGGUGGAAAGAGGUGCUUCUGUCACCCUCCGCAACUCCAAGGGUGACACCGCCAUGGACACCCUGCGCCACUGGCAGAAGACGUACAGCAGAGAGUUGGACCAGGAGACCAAACAGGAGUGCGCGGCUACAGAGAGACUACUGAGGAAGGCUGUCGCGGGGGGAGUGGCUGCUGCUCCGGCCCCAGCCAAGCCUUUCGAUGCUCUGCAGGACAGCCAGCUGUUUGAUGCUGAGAACUCAGAGCCACUGUUGUCCUCUGGAGGGGGCUGUUCUUCCAGCCAAGACUGGCCCAGCACCAACAAGAGCUCGGAGAUGAAGGCAGCACCUUCCAGCCCCAAACGGUGGCAGAGCAACGGCUCAACACAACGCCACCGAGCGAGAGGAACAGAGGCUGCCGUCCUGUAUGGGAAUGAUAGCAGCUCCUCAGACGACAGCGACUCCCCAGUAAGUCCUCUCCGCCCCGUCCGCCUUAGAAACAGUUUCCCAGCUGCCCAGACUCAAAAGGAAGUUCUCCCAAAGAAAGACGCCAACUUGAUCCCCAACUCCGGUCGUGAAAGUGUCAGGGAGGCCCCAGCGGCGUCUGUCUUUGCACGAGAGGAGUACCAGAGUGCCAUUCGAGCCUUAGGCAGCGCCAAAGCUCGUUUCCAGGGUCUGACACAGCCUCAGUUCUCCAGCACGCCUGCCGUCUCAUCCAGCAACAAAUCGGCCCUGGUUCCAGAGGAGGAGUAUCUGGCUGAUGACUGGUUGGAGGAUGAUUUGGAGGAAGUCCAGCCGAAGAAGAAGAGGAGGCUUCGAGUGGAACACGAUGGGACGAGAGGGGAGGACUUCGCCUUGUCCUCGACAGCAAGAAGUCAAAGUAGGCAAUUAAACCCGGACACGGCCUGCAGAGGUUCUGCAGGUCCCUCCUCCUCCAGCAGGAGUCUCUCUCUGAAAAAGAACGGCUCUGUGAGGCCUCACCAGGUCAAAAUGACUCAGAUGCCAGGAAUGGUCCGGUUAGGCAGACGAGAGGUCAACAGGUCACAAAGCCCCACAGUUACCGACGACGACGACAGACCGGAAACGCCUCCGCCACCACAAAUACACAUGCAGCCUCCAACUCAAACGUUGGCUGCUCCCAUGCCCACAUCACUGCCUCCACCAAUCAGAAUGAGGGUCAGAGUUCAGGAAGAUGUUUUCCUCAUCCCAGUUCCACAAAGUGAGGCCGACUCCUGCACUGUGUCGUGGCUGUGUGAGCAGGCCGCCCAGCGCUACUACCAGAAAUGCGGCCUCCUGCCUCGCCUCUCGCUGCAGAAGGAAGGCGCUCUGCUCUCCCCUCAUGACCGGCUGCUGGCCGUCCUGCACACCAACGAAGAGGUUCUGGCUGAAGUUUGCUCCUGGGAUCUCCCUCCUCUCCCUGAGCGCUACAAGAAGGCCUGUGACAGCCUGGCAGUGGAUGAGAACAAGCGUGUCACCCGGCUGUGCGAGGUGCAGGAUGGGAGCUCCUCUGUGUCGGUGUGUGGCCUCAGCUUGGCCCCCUCUUCCCUGAACCCGCUCCUCCGUGCUUUAAAACUUCAGACCAGCCUCGCCGAGCUGCGUAUUUCUGGCAACCGCCUCUGUGAUAACCUUCUUCCUGAGCUGGUUGCCACAACGAUCACCAUGCCUCGGCUUCGGCUGCUGGACGUUUCCGCCUGUCACAUUACAGGGGAAGGACUGGAGAAGGCUGUAAAUGCUUUAAAGGGACAGAGCCAUCCGGCGUUUCCGUGCCUGGAAGAGCUCGAUCUCAGUAUGAACCCUCUGGGUGACGGCGUGUCUGAAUCCCUCUCCUGUCUGCUGUCCUGCUGCCCUCUGUUAGCCAAGCUGUCUCUGCAGGCCUGUGGUCUCACUGCUCGCUUCCUGCAGCAGCAUCGACUGCUGCUGGCGAGCGCGCUGGCAGGUACAGGCCACUUGAAAUCGGUGUGUUUAUCCCACAAUGCACUGGGCUCCACCGGCUUUGAGCUGGUGUUGAGGACUCUGCCUCUUCACUCCCUCACACACUUGGACCUGUCUGCUGUCCGCAAGGGUCCUGCUGAUUACCCGCCGCUGGAACACUUCACCAGUGUCCUGUCACAGGACGAGUGUUCGCUGACCCACCUGAGUCUGGCAGCAAACGGGUUGACGGACAGCAGCGUAGCUACCUUGGCCAGGUGUCUGCCUUCAUGUCCGACUCUGGUGAGUCUGAACCUGUCAGGAAACCCGUCUGUUACGUCGGCAGGACUUCACAACAUCCUGAUGUCCCUCAGAGAGGCGGGUCGACCUUUGACCAUCCUGAACCUUCAAGGUUGUCAGGUGUCUGGCCCCUGGGACAGUGCAUGUCUGGAUGGUUUGUCAGAGCUGGUCCAGGAUCUCCGUCUUUGCUCUCAGGGACUCAACAAGCUAGACCGACAGGCCUUAAAGCAGAGCUGGGACAGCAGUCAGUCACACAGACACUUCAUUGACCGAAAAAGCAAGUGCCUGCUCUCUGCCUUAGCCCCCUCGUGAAGAGUUAAAUGCGCUUCAGAUCUGAUGACAGAUCUUUAUCACUGACACCAUAUUUUGAGAUGUGCAAAAUUUGUAGCUAACUUGUUGCACUACAAAGAUAACCAGCGACAUGGCACCCACAGACAUUGUGUGUAAAUAGGUCAUAUCUUUCCUGUGUUUCGUACUUUCGUCUUAUUUAUGUUUAUCUGUGAAAAUGUGUAAAGACACUUUGUGUCAAGGUGCACCUUUUUGUCCUCUAUCUACUGAAUUAUUAUUAUUAAAAAAAAAUUAAAAAAUCAAAA